AUGGAAAUGCAAGCAUCACUUUAUAAGAAACUGGUCCACCCACAUAGCAAACAGAUCCGGAACGGAUCUGCCGCGGAGCAAUUCCCCAAAGACACCAUCAAUGAAGAGGUGGUUGAACUCCUCUCUCCUUACUUUGACAUGGCAGACUUUAACAUAGAAUCAGCCAAGAGGGUGUGCGGCAAUGUUGCAGGUCUUUGCUCCUGGACCAAAGCAAUGGCUGCCUUCUUUUCUAUCAAUAAAGAAGUGCUUCCCUUGAAGGCUAAUCUGGCAGUGCAGGAGAACAAGCUGACUAUAGCUAAUUUGGACCUCCAGACAGCCCAGGCAGAACUGGAUGCUAAGCAAGCAGAGCUGGAUGUAGUUCAGGCUGAAUAUGAGAAGGCCAUGAUGGAGAAACAGACUUUACUAGAGGAUGCAGAACGCUGUCGCCACAAGAUGCAAACGGCCUCUAGUCUGAUCAGUGGGCUGGGAGGAGAGAAGGAGCGUUGGACACAGCUUAGUAAAGAGUUUGCUGCUCAGACCAAAAGACUAGUUGGUGAUGUGCUGCUGGCUACAGCCUUCCUGUCCUACUCUGGGCCUUUCAACCAAGAGUUCCGCAACCUUCUUCUCACUGAUUGGCAGAGAGAAAUGAAGUCCCGCCGAAUACCUUUUAGGACCAAUCUGAAUCUCACUGAGAUGUUGAUUGAUGCUCCCACUGUAAGUGAAUGGAACUUACAGGGGCUCCCCAAUGAUGACCUAUCCAUCCAAAAUGGGAUUAUUGUUACAAAAGCUGCCAGAUUUCCCCUGCUGGUUGACCCCCAGACCCAGGGAAAGAUCUGGAUCAAGAACAAAGAAUCCAAGAACGAGCUUCAGAUCACCUCACUGAAUCACAAGUACUUCAGAAACCACCUAGAGGACAGUUUGUCAUUAGGACGUCCCCUACUGAUAGAGGAUGUUGGGGAGGAAUUGGAUCCUGCUCUGGACAAUGUCCUGGAGAAGAACUUCAUCAAGACUGGGUCCACAUAUAAGGUGAAAGUAGGUGAUAAAGAAGUGGAUGUAAUGAAGGGUUUCCGUCUAUAUGUGACCACCAAACUGCCCAAUCCAGUAUACACUCCUGAGAUCAGCGCACGGACAUCCAUAAUCGACUUCACCGUUACUAUGAGGGGCCUGGAAGAUCAGCUACUGGGCAGAGUCAUUCUCACCGAGAAACAGGAACUGGAGAAGGAGCGGACCGACCUGCUAGAGGAUGUGACGGCCAAUAAACGUAAAAUGAAGGAACUGGAGGAUAAUUUACUUUUUAGGCUGACCAGCACGCAGGGCUCCCUGGUCGAUGACGAGAGCCUCAUCACAGUGCUGGGAAACACCAAACGCACGGCAGAGGAGGUCACACAGAAACUUCAGAUUGCUGCUGAGACUGAGAUCCAGAUCAAUGCGGCCCGCGAGGAAUACAGACCCGUUGCCACAAGAGGAAGCAUCUUGUACUUUCUGAUGACAGAGAUGAGCAUGGUGAACGUGAUGUAUCAGACCUCCCUGCGCCAGUUCCUGGGCUUGUUCGACUUGGCCUUGGCAAAGUCCUCAAAGAGUCCAAUUACAAGCAAGCGGAUCGCCAAAAUCAUAGAGUACAUGACCUUUGAGGUGCACAAGUACGCAGCUCGGGGUUUGUAUGAAGAACACAAGUUCCUGUUCACCCUGCUGCUCACUCUCAAGAUCGACAUGCAGAGCAACAGGGUCAAACAUGAGGAGUUCCUGACCCUUAUUAAAGGAGGUGCUUCGCUGGACCUGAAAGCCUGUCCACCCAAAGCUGCAAAGUGGAUACUGGACAUAACAUGGCUCAACCUGGUGGAGUUGAGCAAACUGUGGCAGUUCUCUGACAUUCUAGAUCAGAUUGGACGUCAUGAGAAACAGUGGAAGAGCUGGUUUGAUCGAGAGGCACCUGAGGAAGAACCAAUCCCAAAUUCAUAUGACCAGGCUCUGGACUGUUUCAGACGGCUGCUCCUUAUUCGAUCCUGGUGUCCAGAUAGAACCAUUGCUCAGGCACGGAAGUACAUCAUGCACUCAAUGGGGGAGAGAUAUGCUGAGGGAGUGAUUCUGGAUCUGGAGAAGACGUGGGAGGAGUCUGACCCACGCACUCCUCUCAUCUGCUUCCUAUCCAUGGGUUCAGACCCAACAGACUCCAUCAUCGCCCUGGGCAAACGACAAAGAAUUGAGACUCGUUACGUCUCAAUGGGUCAGGGGCAGGAAGUUCAUGCACGCAAACUUCUGCAGCACUGUAUGGCUAAUGGAGGCUGGGCUUUACUUCAGAACUGUCAUUUGGGUCUGGAUUUUAUGGAUGAACUCAUGGAUACAGUCACAGAGACAGACAGCAUUAAUGACACCUUCAGACUGUGGAUGACCACUGAGGUCCACAGACACUUUCCUAUCACUCUCCUGCAGAUGUCAAUCAAAUUCACCAAUGAGCCUCCACAGGGACUGAAAGCCGGACUUAAAAGGACUUACGGAGGUAUCAGUCAGGAUCUUCUAGAUGUGAGUAACAUGGUCCAAUGGAGGCCCAUGUUGUAUGGGGUGGCAUUCCUCCAUUCCACUGUUCAAGAGAGGCGAAAAUAUGGACCUUUGGGUUGGAACAUCCCAUAUGAGUUCAACCAGGCAGAUUUCAAUGCAACCAUACAGUUUGUCCAGAACCACCUGGAUGAUAUGGACAUCAAGAAGGGUGUGUCCUGGAACACUGUGCGCUACAUGAUCGGCGAGAUCCAGUAUGGCGGUAGGGUGACUGAUGACUAUGACAAGCGCCUCUUGAACACAUUUGCGAAGGUGUGGUUCAAUGAGAACAUGUUCAGCCCUGAUUUCUACUUCUACAAAGGCUACUGCAUCCCCAGAUGCAAUAAUGUGGAUCAGUAUCUCCAAUAUGUUCAGGGUCUCCCUACAUAUGACACCCCUGAGGUGUUCGGCCUCCACCCAAAUGCAGACAUCACCUACCAAAGCAAACUUGCCAAGGACGUACUAGACACUAUCCUGAGUAUCCAACCAAAGGACAGCUCCAGUGGAAGCGGUGAGACCAGGGAGGCGAUUGUGGGUCGGCUAGCGGAUGACAUGCUGGAGAAACUGCCUCCAGAUUUUGUCCCAUUUGAGGUCAGAGAGAGAUUGAUGAGCAUGGGUCCCCUUCAGCCCAUGAACAUUUUCCUGCGGCAGGAGAUUGAUCGCAUGCAGAGAGUGAUUGUUCUGGUCAGGAACACGCUGAGUGACCUAAAGUUGGCCAUCGACGGAACCAUCAUUAUGAGUGAGAACCUGCGAGACGCACUGGACUGCAUGUAUGACGCCCGAAUACCUGCACGCUGGAAAAAGGCCUCCUGGGCUUCUACCACAUUGGGGUUUUGGUUCACAGAGUUGCUGGAGCGUAACCGGCAGUUCCACUCAUGGAUUUUUGAGGGACGACCCAACUGCUUUUGGAUGACAGGCUUCUUCAACCCACAGGGCUUCCUGACAGCUAUGAGACAGGAGAUUACUCGUGCUAACAAGGGGUGGGCGUUGGACCGUAUGGUUCUGUCUAAUGAAGUUACUAAAUGGAUGAAGGAUGACAUCACGCAGCCUCCUUCAGAGGGGGUGUAUGUCUAUGGCCUCUACCUGGAAGGGGCCGGCUGGGACCGCAGAAACUGCAAGCUCAUUGAUUCCAAACCCAAAGUGCUGUUCGAGAUGAUGCCUGUGGUCAGGAUGUACGCAGAGAACAAUGGUGAGUUUUAA